GGCGUUGUGGACGAGGGUUUCCAACACCUGCAGUCGGUGGAGCAGGAGGGCUUCCUCGCCGAGGUCGUCAACCUCUUCCUCCACGACGCCGACACAACAUCCUCAACGAAGAACCAGCCCCUGGUGAACUCCGACGGGGUGGGCGCACUGGUGGAUGAGCUCAAGGGGUGCAGCGGCAGUGUUGGUGCUAAGAAAGUGAAUCUCUCCUGCAACCGCUUCCGUCAGUUUUAUGAGGCAAAAAGUAAAGAAGGGUGUCUCAUGGCAUUGGCGCUUGUCACGAAUGAGUUUUCUGAUGUGCGCGACAAGCUCCACACCAUGAUACGGUUGGAGCAGCAGAUCGCGGCCAUUGGUCCUCGGUAG